CAACCUGAAGGAAGGGAAGCACAACCUGCGCAUCCGCCCGGCCGACAUCCCGAUCGCAGAGAGAGCCUCCAUGAAUUACUGGCGGACCAGGAAAUGCAUCAGCAAGCCGGCCGAGUUCCCCCCGAAAAACCCAUCCUUGACCGGGUUGCAGGAGAAGGCCCCCCUGGGCUUGAUGGACACCCCGCUCCUGGACACGGAGGAGGAAGUGCACUACUGCUUCCUGCCGCUGGAUCUGGUGGAGAGGCACCCCGCUUUGGUCAACGACGACAACCUGCUGUGGCUCUCGGACAACGCCGCCCUGGUCGAGUGCGAGAACAGCGAAUUCCGCUUCAUCGCGAAUUUCCUCCGCUGCGGGAGGCUUCUUCUGCCGGAUGACUUCUCCCACCUGGACGCCCUGGAAGCGGAAGCGGAAGCCCUGGGCAUCCCGGAGGUCAACGAAGCCCUGAAGGCCCACAAGGCGCUCCUCGGACUGGCCUCGGAGGAGGAGGCCCCCGGUGCCGAAGUCGGGCCCACGAAGGGCAGAGUGGGGCGGCCGUCCUGCAGCGCUCGGGGCCCCAAGGGCCGCCCACUCGCCCUGUUCCCGAUGGCGCUGGGCCUGCUGGUCAAGUACCCGGACUCGGCCCUGGGGCAGCUCCACAUGGAGGGCAGCCUGGACAGGAGCCGGCUGUACGUCUCCGGGAACGGAGUCCUCUUCCAGCACGUCAGGAACUGGUUGGGGAUCUGCCGGCUCCCGCUGACACGGACGAUGUCCGAGCUCCCAGAACUCUGUGCCUAUUUGGAUCAGAUGGACGUCACCUACGAGCCGAUGAAGGAAGCUUUGAAGAUCUACUUGAAGCAAGGGAUGCCCACGGACACCCGAGGAACGGGUAAGACAAGCGGCUGUAAGCCUCUCUCCGCAGAGGUAACGCCAUUUAUUGCUCUCCUUGUUAGCAUUUUGAAUUCCCUUCCAGAGGCAAACUGGGCCGCGGACGUGACCGUCUUUUCGCCCCUCCAUAUUGUCAAAGUGUACGCGGGGAGCCAUUGGUACGCCACCUACUUCCAGACGUUAUUGAAGUUUCCAGAGCUGCUGUCCAACGGCAAAAAGGCCAUUUGGAUCGCUUUCGGCCACAGUCUUCUCAUCCAUGGCGACGGGCAAAUGUUUCGGCACAUUCUCAACUUCCUUCGCCUCGGGAAGCUGUUCUUGCCGACAGAAUUUAAGGAGUGGCUCCUUCUGCGCCAGGAAGCAGCGGAGUUCCAGAUCCCUUCUCUUCUGGAGGCCCUCCACCAACACGACGGCUACAGGCUGUGGCUGCAGCAGCGUGAAGGUCCGAGGAGGGAAGCCCCUCUGCCGCAGAGCCUGGGGCCGGAGAAGGAAGAGCCGCCCGGGCGAGACCCCCAGGAGCCCCCACAGGUGCCCACGGCCGGUGCCUGGAGCAGAGGCAGAGAGGGCCCCGAGCGGCGGGUGAGUGGCAGGGAGAGCGGAGGGCGGCAAGCUCGUGUCUCUCCGGUCAAGGGGUCCAAGCGCCAGAGCAGCGGCAGAGAAGGCCCCGCUCCCUCCUCCAGCGAAGAAGACCGGGCCCCGGAGAGCCCCCCGCGGAAGAGGCCGGCCACGUGCAGUGAGACCCCCAUCCAGAGGCUGAUCUCCCUGGUCCAGGGAUGGGACAGGGUGGCCCCGGCGGAGGAGGAGGAUGAAGGGCCCAGGAAGAGGCCCCCCUGCAGCCCCCCACAAAAUGGCCCCAAGGUGGCACUGGCCAUGCAGGAAAGCCCCCCCAAAGCCGGGCAGCACACGAUGGGGACACCGGCCCCUGAGACUCAGCCGGGCAAGGCGGCUGCACAGAUGCAUCCUUCUCAUGGAGAGGAUGCAGGCAGAGGAGGGCCGAGGGGCCCCAAGGACAGCGAGAAAGGGCCGGCCUGCUGGGAGCCCGGUGGCCAGAGCGGCCUGAUCCUGAAGGUGUCGCACCCGCCGGUGGUGUCGGGCGACGGGUCCUGGGUGUCCCACGAAGGGAGCCUCCUCUACGCGGCCUCUCUGGAGGGCCUCCACCUGCCCAGCGCCCUCGCACAGCCCGGCCCCCAAGAGGUCGUCUUGGUGAGCCUGCCGCUGUCCCAGGAGGAGAUCUUCUACGGGCGCGGCUGCCACGGCUUCCUGGCCGACCUCGUCCUGGAGUCCAUCCGGCAGAAGGACCCCAAGGGCACCACCGCCAGGAUACAGCUCCUGGUGCAAAGGCUCUGGGGCCUGCAGAUCUCGGCCGGGGAGUUUGCGUCCGACCUGCUGCGCUUGCCCCCCUUCAAGGCCGGCAGCGGCGCCUGCGAGAGGCUGGCCAAGUGGGUCGAGUUUUCCCUGCCGUUUGCCCGGAAGUACAGUUCCUGCCUGGAGCUCCUGGUGAAAAGGGGGUAUUUCAAAUCGCUCUCUCAUUUCGUCAUCGGGAAGUAUUUGCAGAGCUCGGAAUAAAAUAUUUGAGAUGA